AUGAAUUAUAAAAGCGAAUACGAAGAGGAGAAGAAGGAAGUCACGGGGGACAUUAGCGCGGUGGAUGACGACGAGGAGAAUGACAGUGGCAAGACAACUGACUCCGACGAGGAAUUUGACAAGGACGAGGAGUUGGAAGAGCUCUCUCCUGAAAUCCUGACAUCUCUUGGUGGAAAAGACCGUCACUACAGAUCCGAAGAGGAGCUGCGUACCUGGAGAAAUAUUUUGGCAAAUGGGGAAACUGCAGCGGAACCCACAAGAUUUUCCUGGACCCGAGCCUUGUUACCGAUGACGAUCCAGAGUCUCGUUAUCCGGAUCUAA